CCAUCAGCCUUUCUAAAAGGUCUAUUUUACCCUCAUUUUAAUCACAGACUUCCUUUCUCACUUUUGCCUGCUCACCCAAGGCUGAAGAACUAUACACUUUCUCCCAUCUUCUUCCUCCAGAGACUCAUCCACAACAGAACAAUUCCGUAGCUCAGGUCACGCAACAAAGCUCAAGCAUUAAGAUUACUUGCAGUCAAAUUUCUUUUAGAAAUUUCAUCAAAGAUUCAAGCGAGGGAUAGACACUACUUGGAUGACAGUGGCCACUUUCCACGCCAGCCAACAAAAAAAAAUCGUUAGGGCAAAAAUCCAGCAUUACAGAGAUGGGAGAGAGGGUUUGAACUCAAUAGCGAAGAACAAGAACUACAGGGAAGAACGCUUCUGUUUCAGGAAUCUGUUUUCUGUUAGAGAGGAAUGCAGUUUAUUUACUCUGAGUUUGUUUUUUAUUAAUAUAAUUAGUUCACCUCAGCUGGCGUGCGGUGUGCUUAAUUUAAAGAGGCUUCUCCAUAGCAAUACUGUUUCUCGCCAUAUUUCUUGGAAAGCUUUCGUCCCCCUGCAAAGAGUAGCCAUAGGCUUCAUGGAUUCACAGAGUCAGAACACUUCAUUACAACGGCUUCAAAAUGUUGAGAAGAGAAUCGUUAGGGUUUUGGAGCUGGCAGGAGAGGUUAUGGAUGAGCUGGCCAACCCAACUGGACCCAGAAAGGAGCACAUCAGCAGGCACUGUCUUGAGUUCAUGAACAUGAUCAAGGAUAUCCAAGUCACAUUGCGAGAUGAAAUCAAAAGUGCAUGUGAAUACCGACCCUUUGAGAAGUGUGAUUACAGUUCAAGAAUUGCCAAUGAAAUCUGUUGCAAGAAACUAGAAUAUGUCGUUUCACAGUUGGAUGGAAUGAAACAAACUGUUGAUGAAUAUCAUGGUGCAAUUUGAAGAUGCGUGGUACAGAAGUGCUGGAAAUUUGUUUCAUGCAACUGAUUGGUAUGGUAGAGGAAAGGAGAAAAACCUGGACUGCAUUUAGGUAGUAGCUUAAAAACAAUCAAGAAAUGGAGAAUGUUCUCAUGUGAUUCUUCUGUGUUUGUUAGGUUACUUUAGAAAUAUAGGUUGAAACUGUAAUAUGUCUAUUAUUUGCAACAGAGGCCUGGUUCAGCGACAUGAUCAUCAUAUUUUUCUGAUAUUUUUGUAUCUUGAUAUUCGACGUUUCUGUUGCUAAUAUAUUCAAACGUUGGGUCA